GAAAGUUUCACAUCCGUAAGAGAGCGGCAAGGCAAGACGGUGCGAAGUAGGCGAAGAAGUCUCGCGCGCGAACUCGGUACGCUGCAGGCGAUGACCGCAAUCGUAUGAGUUUUUAUUUUACUGUGAGAGUGCUGUCGUGUUUCCCGUCCCGUUAAGUGUUUACGAAAAUGCUGCAUACAUAAACUUUACCAAAUAAACUGUGUUGUGAUUGUGUUUAUACAUAUUUUUAUCUUCUAUCUAUUGUUAUCUCAAAGGUUGUAAGAAUGCCUUGCUCAGCGGUAACUUUGUCUAUAGCGACCAUUACAGCAAUCAUUGCUGCUGCUCUUAUGGCAAUAGCAUUUACAACAGACAACUGGCUUUAUGUCGAAGUUAAGCGUAGUAACAUACAGACGUACGUGACAGAGAACACUGACAUCAAUUCACAAGCGAUCCUGGACAGUUUAAACACCAAGUACUACUUCUUCACAAGGACGCGGGGUUUGUUCCGUAUCUGCUACCCCAAGGAGCGACCGAAUACUGUUGAAAUUUACCUGUCGCCUGUCGAGACUCACUGCAGUAAUGUCGACUACUUCGUGCCAGAUGAGAACAACGAAACCAAAGGACUUUCAGACGACGCUAUGAACAGGCUGCACAUGGCUCGCUCCACGGUGGCGCUGUUCAUAGUGGCGUUCCUCUUCCUCUUCAUCGCCUUCUGGACAGGGGUCGUGGGCUGCUGGAAGAGAAGCCCUGGGAACAUCACCGCCACCGCCAUACUUAUGCUCGUCACCUGUUUAUUGUCAGCCGGGGCUAUGGCGUUAUGGCAUGCUGUUGAAUUUUACGAGAAGGAGAAAGUUGUAGGAGAAGAAUACUAUCAGCAGUGGCCCAAUAUAUUGCGUGAUAACGCUCGCGUGUGGUACGACUGGUCGUACAUGGUAGCGUGGUGCGGCGUCGGCCUGUCGCUGAUGUCCGCCAUCUUGUUCUCGUCGGCCGCCAUCUGUCUGCGCGGUGAACGCGAGCGAGAGGAGGCGCUUAACAUGCAGUACCUCAUGCCGGUGUACCCCCAAAAGCAGCAAUACGCGUACGCGGGCUACCCUCCGCCCCAGGCGUACCCCGGGCCGUACUACCACGGCUCUCAAUACGGACCUUACAACUACUGAGCAAGCGACCAGAUGAGGGACUUAGUGGCGGCUCACAACGUCCCCGCCCCGCAGGCACCAGCGCGCAACACACGACUCACACACCAACCAUCCGUCAACAUGGACACAUUCAACUCACACGCGAGAAUCAAACG